AUGAGCCAUAGCCGACUUCUGGUGCUGUCUUCACACUUGUCAGGUUCAUCCAUGGCUUCUGAAAAAGAAGCUGCCCAGGCAGCAGCCAACGUACCCGCCGAUUCCCCUACUAUAUUUGACAAGAUAAUCAAAAAGGAAAUACCAGCAAACAUUGUUUACGAGGAUGACGAGGUUUUGGCUUUUAGAGACAUAAGUCCUCAAGCACCUGUACACAUUCUUCUUAUACCUAAAGUAAAAGAUGGCCUAAGCGGAGUCUCAAAGGCUAAGGAGCGGCAUGUCCAGAUUCUUGGACGCCUCAUGUACACUGCAAAACUUGUUGCGAAACAAGAAGGUCUUGAAGACGGCUUCAGACUUGUCAUUAACGAUGGGCUGAAUGGAUGUCAAUCUGUUUAUCACCUUCACAUACACCUUCUUGGAGGACGGCAAAUGAAUUGGCCACCUGGCUAA